GUCGCCUUGAGCUGGAUGUGAUCCUGGCCUUCGCAGAGAUUGAGAGCGACCGAUUCUUCUCAAUCUACAGCCUCCGACGACUGUCUGCCACCUCCACGCUCUUGCCCCAGCGGAUUACGCUCAUGCUGCGCCCUGCAUCUCCCCAGCGACGUCCGUCAAGAUGCCAACCACCACGUCCGCGCCUGACAAAUCGAGACAGACUUCCGCUGGGAAAUCGUUCUUCGGGAGGAAGCUGCACAAGGAGAAACCGGUAGACGAUCGCCACGAUGCCCAUACAGGCUUCGAGACCCUCGCGCCUCCUGGAAGCGCCCCGGGUUCUCGUUCCUCUCGCCAUUCCAAGCGAUCCUCCGUCCAGUCUAUGGAUUUUUCCAACGACGUCGAUCCUGCAACGCUGUCAAUGACGGCCGGUGUGAUUACCUCUAUCCCCUAUGAAAGUCUCCCCGCCGACACCAAGUCGCCGAUUCCUAUCGACUAUCUCUCUAAAGCCGAAACCUCGCCACGCAAAGAACCAUCCCCGAAUCAUCUUGCCAAGGGAGGCAGUGAUUUCCAUCAGUAUCCCGCUUGGAACCCGGCCACUAUCCGGGACAAUAAUGUUUAUUCUCACCCCACCGGCCCUCGUCCGCCGCCACAUGCGUCUAAUGUAACAAUGGCGGGAAGCUCUUCGGGGGACAAAGGUGCUCGGUAUCAACAAUGGGGACGACCGGGUAGCUCGGCUGCCAACACGGGGUUCAGUCACAACUCUUCAUCUACGGUAGAUUCCUCGUCGCAUUCCCGAAUAUCGUUCGACCAAGCUAGUGUCCACUCGUCACUUUCCUCCAACACCCGGGACACUAGAGGUUCGAGCUAUUUCUCGUCGGACGGAUCUUCUCGAACGCUGACAACCUCGCACUCUGCCGACCGCAAUACCUACUCGUCUAAUGGAACAUCCAGCCGACUUUCUAAUGCGCAGGCUGCAUGGCAGUCGGCCCAGCCUGCGCAACCCGCGAAGUUACCAGCCAACCCCGAGCAAUACCUGACCCGUCCAAGGGACGAUCGGAUUGUGGACCAGCUGUUCCUGGAACUGAUGCAGAAGCGAGGUUGGCAGAACUUGCCUGAGCAGGCCAAACGGCAGAUGCUUGCGUAUCCAGCCUCGAAAAAGUGGACGCUGGUUCAUCAAGAUCGGUUGACGGAAAUUCAAGGUGAACAGAAGCGCAGGCAGAAUGCCCGGCAGACCCAUGGUCACGAUGGGCCGUCGGGGAUUCUGGAGCGGGCCGAUGAAGAGGGAAGCCCGGAGUGGUACGUGAAGAAGGUUAUGGAUGAUUCAAUCACGUCGAAACAAUUAGCUAGUUUGAGCGUCAGUCUGCGCACACAACCAAUCAGUUGGGUGAAAGCCUUUGUCGAAGCACAGGGCCAAAUCGCCCUGACCAACGUUCUUGCUAAGAUCAACCGGAGAAAAGCUUCAGGUCCUGUUCCUGCACCCCCGACUGGUGACAAGGACUUGGAUCGUGAAUACGACAUUGUCAAGUGCCUGAAGGCUUUGAUGAAUAACAAAUACGGCGCAGAUGAUGCUCUCGCUCACCAGCAGGUUAUUGUUGCUCUCGUCAGCUCGCUGCUGUCUCCCCGACUCAAUACAAGGAAGCUGGUCAGUGAAGUCUUGACCUUCCUUUGCCAUUGGGCCGAAGGCCAGGGCCAUCAGAAGGUCCUCCAGGCUAUGGACCAUGUGAAGAAUCACCAUGGAGAGACUGGUCGCUUUGAUGCCUGGAUGCGUAUCGUCGAAGUGACGAUUGAUGGCCGUGGAAAGAUGGGUAGUUUGGUGGGCGCGAGUGAGGAGUACCGCAGUGGUGGUAUAGGCAUGGAGAACCUUCUCAUGGAGUAUGCCGUCUCAACCAUGCUCCUCAUCAACAUGUUGGUGGACGCCCCGGAGAACGAUCUACAGCUGCGCUGUCAUAUUCGUGCGCAGUUCACCUCUUGCGGCAUCAAGCGUCUCAUGACUAAAAUGGAAGGUUUCCAAUAUGAGGUCAUUGACAAGCAGAUUGAGCGCUUCCGCGAGAAUGAGGCCAUCGACUACGAGGAUCUUCUGCAGCGUGAGAGUAGCAGCGUGAAGGAUAGCAUCGAGGGCGAGGUCAAAGACAUGAACGAUCCUCUACAAAUUACAGACGCUAUUGCUUCAAGGAUUACAGGUACUCGAGCUCAUGACUACUUCCUCUCUGCUAUGCAGCACAUGCUUCUUAUCCGGGAGAACUCAGGUGAAGAUGGUCUCCGGAUGUAUCAGCUCGUCGAUGCCAUGCUUAGCUACGUGGCCAUGGACCGCAGGCUACCCGAUCUGGAUCUCCGCCAAGGUUUAACAUUUACCGUGCAGAGCCUCUUGGACAAAUUACAUACAGAUUCAGAGGCAAGACAGGCGUACGAUGAAUCCCUAGAAGCGCGCCAGAUUGCGGAGGCUGCCUUGGCAGAGCGAGAUGAGAUGAAGGCGCAGAUUGAGCUGGGUGCAGACGGCCUAGUAAAGAAGUUGCAGAAGCAAAUUGAAGAGCAGACUGGCAUCAUCGAACUUCAACGGAGACGGGAGGAGUCAGUACGGGCUGAGCUGGCCGAUGUUCAACGCUUGCGUGCUCAGGAGUUGCAACGGAACGAACUGGAAACCAGAGAGCUCUACCUGAUGCUUCGAGAUGCCCAGGACAUCGCUGCUUCAAAUGCCAAGAAGAACAACCUCGCAGAAGUCGAUCCGUCCCAUAUGAGGGGCAUCAUGGACCGCGAAAAGCUCCUCGAGCGGUUGGAGAUGCAACUCGAACGCACCAAGACCCAGUUCAAGUUGGAGGGCAAGGUAUGGGGUCAACAUGUGACCUCAGACCGGCUGCGCGAACUUCGUGAGCAAAUGGACGGCGAUGUUGAGCCGCAAGAUGAGUUCCAGGACCAGGCUCAUCACGUUGCGGGCUUGGGAUCUGUUCAGCGCAAGCGCAGCCAUCUGCCCGGCAUGGAGAAGGAUACUGUCGAGGGUCAGCAGCAGGAGGGCCAGGUGGAUGAGAACGGAGAGAUCAUCUAUGAAAAGGCGCGUCUGGUCGACCUCCAUCGGCCACGACUCAACCCUAAGCAGGCGAACGGCCUCCUGGGAGAAAUUGCCUCGAAGGUACCUAAGAUCGACGCAGACGAUAACGAAGCUACACCUGUUGUCCCUGAAGCUACGGCGCUUGUCACCGACGAACCCAAGGUUGAGAGUGAAAUUGAGAAGCCCGAGACCAAGGGGGCGCCCGCUCCACCCCCGCCGCCGCCGCCACCACCACCACCUCCUCCUCCGGGAGCUGUGGGAAUUCCUCCUCCGCCCCCUCCCCCUCCACCGCCACCACCUGGUGGUGCUGUCGGAAUCCCUCCCCCUCCGCCGCCUCCUCCGCCGCCGCCGGGAGGAAAGGUUGGAAUCCCCCCUCCACCUCCUCCGCCCCCUCCUCCAGGCGGUGCAGGAUUCCCGCCACCGCCUCCCCCUCCACCAGGUGCUUCAUUUGGUGCCCCUCCUCCCCCGCCUCCUCCUGGCGCAGGCUUUGGCGGAUGGCGAGCCAACUACAUGGCCUCUCAAGCCCUUCCUCAACACAAGACAGCUCUUAUGCCCUCUAUCCGGCCAAAGAAGAAGCUCAAGGCUCUUCACUGGGAGAAGGUUGAUGCUCCACAGGUAACGGUGUGGGCGGCCCACGCUCCCACUGCGCAGGAGAAAGAAGAGAAGUAUGUAGAGUUGGCUAAGAAGGGUGUGUUGGAUGAGGUUGAGAGACUCUUCAUGGCGAAGGAGACCAAGAUUUUUGGAGGCAAUGCAGCAGCCAAGCAGCGCAAGGACAAGAAACAGCUCAUCUCCAACGAGCUGUCCAAGAACUUCCAGAUCGCAAUGGCCAAGUUUUCGCAAUUCCCUGCCGACGAUGUGGUGCGCAUGAUCAUCCAUUGCGAUACAGACAUUCUGGACAACCAAGUCGUCAUGGAGUUCCUGCAGCGGGACGAGAUGUGCACAAUUCCGGAGAAUAUUUCCAAGUCGAUGGCGCCCUACAGCAGGGACUGGACCGGCCCCGAUGCUGCUAGUGCGGAGCGAGAGCAAGACCCCAACGAGCUUACGAGGGAAGAUCAGAUCUACCUAUACACCGCGUACGAGCUCAACCACUACUGGAAGGCGAGAAUGCGCGCUCUCGCGUUAACUCGGUCCUUCGAAGUGGAUUAUGAGCACAUCUCCGCCAAGCUGCAACAAGUGGUCAAGGUCAGCGAAUCUCUGAGAGACUCUGUUUCUCUGAUGAACGUCCUGGGUCUCAUUUUGGACAUUGGUAACUUCAUGAACGAUGCCAACAAGCAGGCUCAAGGAUUCAAGCUGAGCUCUCUUGCCCGGCUGGGCAUGGUCAAGGAUGACAAGAACGAAACUACUUUUGCUGAUUUAGUGGAGCGCAUUGUCCGUAACCAGUAUCCCGAAUGGGAGGGCUUCGUGGACGAGAUCAAUGGUGUCGUUGCUAUCCAGAAGCUCAACGUCGACCAGCUGCGGACAGAUGCGAAGAAGUACAUUGACAACAUCAAGAAUGUACAGGCCAGCUUAGACGCCGGAAACCUCAGUGACCCCAAGAGGUUCCACCCCCAGGAUCGCGUUAGCCAGAUCGUCCAGCGGAGUAUGAAGGAUGCUAGACGCAAGGCCGAGCAGAUGCAGCUCUACUUGGAUGAGAUGAUCAAAUCCUAUGAUGACAUCAUGGUAUUCUAUGGAGAAGACAAUUCCGAUGAGGGUGCCCGCCGAGACUUCUUCGCGAAACUGGCUUCCUUCUUGCUUGAGUGGAAGAAAUCUAAGGAGAAGAACAUUUCGCUGGAAGAAAGUCGGAGACGCACCGAGGCGUCCUUGGCUCGCAAGCGGAAUAUCAAUGCCGGGCUUGCUAAUGGCGCCGCCUCUGCUAGUGACGCUCCACCGUCGCCAGCUACAAGCGGGGCCAUGGAUUCGCUGCUGGAGAAGCUCCGCGCCGCUGCGCCGCAAGCCAGAGACCAGCGUGACCGCCGUCGUCGUGCUAGGCUAAAGGAGCGACACCAAGUUCGUGUCGCUUCCGGCCAGAAGAUGCCGGAUGUUGCUGGAGCUGAGGCACCGGAAGGAGGGAACGAAGCCGAAAAUGAUGGCGGCAACAGCAAGGCGGGCAACGACAAUGAUAGCGAAGCAAAUGCCGCCGCGUCAGGGCUGCUGAGUCCUCCCCUCCUUGAAACAGAAACCUCUGAGAGUAAGAAGGACCCGCAACAUGUGUCGGAAAGCGAAGACGUGGCGGAUCGUGCCGCGAGCAUGCUGCAGGGCCUUCGCGAUAACAUGGACGGCGACCGAAUGAGAAGACGCCGAGAAACAGCGGAAGAAGAGCGUCGGAAACGCAGGUUACGGAGACGAAACGGAGGCAGCACCAGCAAUAACAGCGCCGAGGGCUCUGCGGCCACCUCCGUGCCCGAACCCAUUUCGCCUCCCAGGACAGAUUUGGAGCCGGAUGAUGCUACAAGUCCUCGAUCUGGAGACGAUCCCCUUCCACAACCGCCCCUGACACCGGCAAUCGUGGUAUCACCAACAGCAGACCAACAGCUUCGGUCGCCUGGUGACGAUGAACUGAUGGAAGGCUCACCGUCGAGCAGAUCCAUUGAGUAGUUGGGCAACUAUUGCCUUUCUACUACCAUCCUUCUUUUAUUGAUUUCAUUUCAUUGCCCAUUUUUUCUUUUAUCUUGCAUCCUUUCCUCCUUGUCCUCAAGGAGUGUCUUUCCUCCCCUCUUUCCUAAUCUAAUGUUUGAUAGACUAACUCAUGUCGUCUCGGAAAGAUCUCAUUAUGCUGUUUUGAGUGUAUACUAUGCCAGGAUGAACUUACCCCC